AAUGAGCAAUUUAACAAGAAAAUAAAAAGACGUAUUAAGACUUUUAGCAUCUAAAUGUCAUCUCGGAACUACCAACUUAAACAACUAAAUGAACAGAUAUAUAUCUCAUAAGAGUGCCAAUGGUCUUCAUAUAAUUAACGUCGAAGAAACCUGGUAAAAAAUUAAACUCGCCGCCAGAAUUAUUGCAGCAGUCGGUCAUCAUAAUGACGCUAUGGUUGUAUGCUCUAGAGUAUAUGGAUAAAGAGCUGCUAUUAAAUUCGCAGGAUAUGUAAAAUGCAAAUCUACAUCAUCAUCUAGAUGGACACCUGGUACCUUAACUAACUAUUAGACUUUAAAAUAUGAAGAGCCAAGAGUUCUUAUUGUUACUGAUCCCAGAACUGAUUAUUAAGCUAUUUAAGAAGCUAGUUAUGUAGGAAUUCCUGUUAUUGCUUUAUGUGAUAGUGAUUCUCCUUUACAUUACGUUGAUGUUGCUAUUCCUUGUAAUAAUAGAUCAACUGAAUCAAUCUCUAUGAUCUAUUGGUUACUUGCUAGAGAAGUAAAAAUCUUAAGAGGUGAAUUAGAUAAAAAUUAAGCUUGGGAAGUUAUGGUAGAUCUCUUUUACCACAAAACUUUACCUACUCAUGAAGAAAAAUAAUAAGUAGAAGAAAAUAAUGAAGAAUAAUAAAAUUAAGCUGAAAAUAAAGAAACUCCUUAAGCUGAAUAAGUUGCAGAUUUUUGACAAAAGUACAUGUAUUUAAAAAAAAAACACAUUUUUAUUUUUUAAUAAAGUUUUAGCAAGUUGUUUUUAAUUAAUAUUUAUUAAAAAUUUUUGUGAUUUUUUUAUUAAAUAUAUGUAUUAUGUUUUUAUUCUAAUUAUAAUAUUUAAACCCAUUUAC